CCAUGCGCUGUCCGACGCGCCUCUUCUCGACGCUGCGGGCGCUGCGCCAUGAGAACCCCUUGGGUCUCCCGCGCUCCGGCGCCCCGCCGCAAAUCCCGCGCAUGCAGCGCGGUCUCCCGCAACAGCGCAGCAUCCGGGAUGUGCGCAAGGUGAUAGCCGUGUCUUCUGCGAAAGGCGGCGUGGGCAAGUCGACGAUAGCAGUAAACCUCGCCUUGUCGUUUGCGCGUCGCGGUCUCCGCAGCGGCAUCCUUGACACGGACAUCUUUGGGCCCUCAAUUCCAACCCUGUUGAACCUGUCGGGCGAACCGCGCCUCUCAGCCAACAACCAACUCAUCCCUCUGUCCAACUAUGGCGUCAAGUCCAUGUCCAUGGGCUACCUGGUCGGCGAAGACGCGCCCGUCGUCUGGCGUGGCCUGAUGGUCAUGAAGGCGUUGCAGCAGCUGCUCCACGAGGUCGAAUGGGGCGGCCUGGACGUGCUGGUGCUGGACCUUCCGCCGGGGACGGGCGACGUGCAGCUGACCAUUACGCAGCAAGUCAAGCUCGACGGCGCCGUCAUCGUGUCCACUCCGCAGGACAUCGCCCUCAAAGACGCCAUCAAGGGCAUCAACAUGUUCAAGAAAGUGUCUGUCCCGCUUCUCGGCAUGGUCGAAAACAUGUCGACAUUCCACUGCCCGCACUGCGCGCACGAAACCCCCAUCUUCACGUCGCCCAUGGGCGCCGCGCACAUGCACGACCGCGUCGCGCAGCUCGGUGCUCCACUGCUCGGCUCCAUCCCCCUGCACCCGGCCAUCUGCAGCGAUGCCGACCGCGGGAAGCCGACCGUUGUUGCCGAGCCGCCGGACAGCCCGCGCGUAGUCGCGUUUGAGGGCAUUGCUGAGAAGGUGGCGGAGAGAGUUGGGCUGAAGGAGUAGCGUUGCUGAGCUGGCGGGUAUGGAAAGGAAAAAGAAGAAGCGAGAGGAGGGAGGGGAACGGCGCGGUUUGUAUAUACGUACAUACAGAGGUCCAUACCGACACAUACUAAAAACACACAAGACUCUCCUCUCGC